AUGUAUUUUUUUUUUCCUUUUUUUUUUCUGUUCAACUAAACCUACAGUCCUUUUUUGACCAAACAAGUGCCUGCCCAUCCAUUCCAAAGUUUUCCCAAACAAACACAUCACGUUGACUUUUACAACUAAGAUACGGAGAGUUACUCAGAUUCAUCUCAUUCAAGUAUCCAACAGGGAACACAGAUUUCAUCUUUUCGGAUCCUUCUAUCAUAUCUUCAAUGCCAAUGGCGUCUUCUUCAACUUCAUCCGUUCACAAGAGCUUUAAGUAUGAUGUAUUUUUGAGUUUCAGGGGCGAAGAUACUCGUACCAACUUCGUUGAUCAUCUUUAUCAUGCUCUCCAGCAGAAAAGCAUUCAUACUUACAAGGACGAUGAGAGAAUCAAAAAAGGUAAAAAGAUUACUGAUGAGCUGAUUGGAUCGAUUGAAGAUUCAAAAUUUUACAUCAUUGUUUUCUCCAAGAACUAUGCUUCUUCAUCUUGGUGCUUGGACGAGCUUGCGAAGAUAAUGGAGUGCCAUAGGACGACAGUGCAUACUGCGUACCCUGUCUUCUAUGAUGUGGAACCCUCCGAGGUCAGAAAACAAAGUGGGGCGGUUGGAGAAGCAUUUGCCAAGUACGAAAUGGAAGAGGCUGCUGGGAAAUGGAGAGUGGCUCUGAAAGAAGCUGCGGAUCUUGCUGGGUGGGAGUUGAAGAAGACUGCUGAUGGACAUGAAGCUAAAUUCAUCCAAAAAAUAGUGGAAGAGCUUUCACUAGAAUUACGUUCCAUCAGUUUCAACAUUGACGAAAAGUUAGUAGGAAUGGAGACCCGGAUCAAAGAUCUUGUAUCAUCUAUAGGAAUUGGUUGUGAUGAUGUCCAAAUGAUUGGGAUCAAAGGAAUGGGAGGUGGCGGAAAGACAACUUUAGCAAGAGCUGUUUUUGAUCACAUAUCCUUUCAGUUUGAAGGUAAAAGCUUUGUUGAAAAUGUCAGGGAAAAUGCUUCUUUCUCUGGUUUAAAGUCUUUGCAAAAGCAAGUCCUUUCAGACGUCUUAAAUGAAGAUAUACGUGUAAGUAGUACUUCUGACGGAAAGUACUUGAUGAAGAGGAGGCUGCGCGAUAAAAAGGUUCUUGUUGUUCUAGAUGAUGUUGAUCAUAUAGACCAGCUUGAGGCGUUAGCCGGUGAGCUUAAUUGGUUCAAGCCGGGAAGUAGAAUUAUCAUCACAACAAGAGACGAGCAAGUCCUACUAGCACACAGGGUGGAGCCCAUUCGUGAUGUCAAUUUGUUAUCGGAUAACGAAGCAAUUUGCCUUUUCAAUAUGUAUGCUUUUGGGAGAGAGAUUCCAAUUCAAAAGUAUGAAAAUCUAUCAAGACUAGUUGUAUGUUAUGCUGCUGGUCUUCCCUUAACGAUCAGAGUUUUGGGUUCAUUUCUUUGUGGUAAAAAUGAGCUUGAAUGGAUAGAUGCCCUAGAACGACUAAAAACAUUUCCAUUAACAGAGACUCUUAAAAAAUUGGAACUAAGCUAUAUCGCUCUAGAGGAGGAUUACAAAGAAAUGUUUCUAGAUGUUGCAUGCAUCAUGAAGGGAUGGCGGAAAGAUGAUGCAAUCAAAGCGCUUGAAUGUUGUGGGUUUCAUGCUAGAAAUGGAUUAAGAGUUCUUGAGCAAAAAUCUCUCAUAACUAGUUAUUAUGAUAUUUUCGAUAAAUACAAGUAUGUGGGCAUGCAUGACCAUCUUGAAGAAAUGGGCAGAAAUAUUGUUCGUCGCUCGCACCCGGAUAAACCUCACAAACAUACCCGAUUGUGGAUUUACGAAGAAAUUAAAAAUGUAUUGGCUAAUGAUUUGGGUACUAAAGCGACAAGGUGCAUACGACUAGACACUCAAAAUGGCAAUCAGAAAUUUGAUAUAAAAGGUCUUGGAAAGAUGAACAGACUUAGAUUCCUUUCCGUGGGAGCUACUCAUCAUGUCUAUUGGGACUAUAGUUUUGGCCCUGUUCCAUAUCGGUAUUGGGAUUGUAAUAAAAUCAACCCAGAAUUUCCAAAUGCUUUACGAUAUCUGCAUAUGACCGGUUACCCUUUUAGGUCUUUACCCAUAACAUUUCAAGCAAGUAACCUUGUUGCACUUGAGAUGGCUGGCAGUAAAAUCAUACAACUUUGGGAAGGGGGAGAAAGGAAGGUUCUUAACAAGCUCAGAUUCCUUGACCUUAAUUGUUCAAUGUUGAGUACCCUUGACCUCGGGCUUACUCCAAAUCUCGAGAAGUUGAAUCUUGGAGAAUGUUCCAAUUUGGUAGAACUUCAUAUGCCCAUUGAAUGCUUAAAUCUCAUAUACGUCGACCUCAGAGGUUCAAAGUUGAUCAGGACCCUUGACCUUAGGCUGGCCCCAAAUCUGGAAGAGUUGAUUCUUAGCUUUUGCAACAAUUUGGAAAAACUUCAGAUGCCCGAUAGAUGCCUAAAUCUCCAAUCAUUGCUACUCUCAAAUUCAAAGUUGAUGACCCUUGACAUUGGACAGACUCCAAAUCUCAGGAAUCUAGAUCUUAAACAAAAUUAUUACCUGGAAGAACUUGACAUGGCAGAUGAAUGUCAAAUGCUCUCCAACCUCAACGUUAGUUAUUCAAAGUUGAGAACCCUUGACCUUAGACUGACUCCAAAUCUCGAGAGGUUAGAUCUUGACAGAUGUUAUGAUUUGGUAGAACUUUGCCUUCCCAUUGGUGAUCUGAAAAAGCUUGUCCACUUACACUUUAGUACUUGGGGGUUUGGAUAUUUUUCAUUUAAGGUAGAAGAUUAUACUUCUUGUAGGGUUGAUGAAUCACUUGAGGUUGGUCCUUUAGCUGUGUUAGAUCUGACUGUGAAGUCCCUAAAAAGCUGCCCACUUCAUCCCGAAAAUAGCUUUCCAAAGUUUCAGUUUAGUUCUUAUUAUAGAGAAGAUCGACCCUUAUUCACCAGAAAUCUUGAGAUGCUUAUUUCUCUAGGUAUGUGUGCUUGCACAAACCUUGAGACGUUUUCAAGAAGUAUUUGUGGGUUACAACGUUUAAGAAAGCUUAAAAUAGAAGGCAGUAUUCUAGAGGUGCCCAAGGACCUAUAUAUGUUAGAAUGUCUCGAGGAGCUAGUUUUAUCGUACACAGAGAUUAAGCAUCUUCCAGAUAGCAUUUGUAUGUUGAAACAUCUGAAAUCUCUCAAAAUUAUUUCGUGUUUGCAUCUUCAAAAGUUACCAGAGGAUCUUGGCCAAUUAGAAUGUUUGGAGAAGCUACAUUUGUCAAAUGCAGAUAUUGAACGUCUUCCGGAUAGCAUAUGUAUGUUGAAACAUCUAAAAUCUCUCAAAGUUAUUUCGUGUUUGGGUCUUCAAAAAUUACCAGCGGAUCUUGGCCAAUUAGAAUGUUUAGAGAAUCUAGAUUUAUCAGAUACAAAUAUUGAACGUCUUCCGGAUAGCAUUUGUAUGUUGAGACAUUUGGAAUCUCUCCAACUUUAUGAUUGUUGGUUGCUUGAGAGGUUACCUGAGGACCUUGGCUGUACAGAAUGUUUAAAAGAGUUGAGUAUAGAAGGUACAAGAAUAAGUCAUCUUCCGCAAAGCAUUCUUUUAUUGAAAGGUCUGUGUAUAGUUGGGUCGAGAGAGCUUCUUGAGUUGUGUGGGUUUACAUCCAAGAUACAAACUUCAAAAGACUAUGAUACAUCCUGCUACGUAGUGGUGGGAUGAUUUUGAGAAGCUUGGAAAAAAGCCAAUCCAAAAAGGAACUAUUGUAAUAGGGUUGUGGCAGAGCAUAAUUCUGAGCAACCUCUGCUCAUAAUUUCGUCUCUACAUAGGUCUUCCUCUUGAGGAUCUUGAGUUUGCACAAUUUCAUCCAACUGGAGUUGGGUUACUGAAGAUAAGAGAUGCUGAGAAAUGGAUGAAACACAAACUUGGAUACUAGGAGAACUAGAAGGUCUGACUUGACUACAGAUCGGUUUACAUGAAUACUUUUAAUGAUGAGGUCGAGACUUUCCCACCAAAGGCUCGUGUAUACUAACAUCCUCUCACAUGGAUCGAAUCUGUUGUUUGCCUCAAAAGGCUAACCAUCAUCACCAAUUAUUCUUGUACUUUCUUUUUUUAGUCUUGUAGCAUAAUGCUUUGUAUUUGGAAUUAUGAUUUAAGCUAAUUGCUUUGAGUUAUUAUGCAUCAACCCAAACUGUAAUCUGGUUAACAAUAAGAUUGUAGUUAAGAAUCAGGUCAUAUGUGUCUUGACUGCAACCUUUAUUGUAUUAUGAAAACGGUUUUGGUAAUACUUACAUCUUUAGAGGUUCCAGG